CUCUCGAGCGCAGCCCACCGACGACACCAUAACAAAGUCAACUGGGCUGCGAGGCGGCGAGUUCACAGCACAACCUCCUGCCCCCCCAGAGCUCCUCGCCGGCCGGCCUUCGCCCUCUCCGUCCGACUCGACUUUGCUGACGGCACUUUCGUCUCGACACCUCCAAGCCACAGUCAACAGGUUUCCGAGCGGUCCCGCACUCGCCUGGAGGGUAACGACUGGGCUCGAGGCUCCUUUGUUUGUCGCCCGUUCUGCCUCGCCGGGGCCACCGCCUUGUGUGGACGGUGGUCAGUUGGGCGUGCCGACGCUUCAAUGCGAGCGCCAGCACGCGAUAGCCGCCUCUCCUGCUCUUCAGCAACACCAACGGGAGAUAUCGCCGCCAAUUCCCUAUGAUGUCUGGGGGCCCAUUGGGUUUCUAGGCUCUGGCUCCCGCCGGACCCCACUGGCUCCCUCACAGCCCGUUCUGAUAGCGCCCGCCACGACUCCCCGAGACCGACAACCCAUAGACCGAUCUACGCGAGCCUCCCACUCCCUGGCCCGUGUGCCGCCCGCUUCCACGUGCCGGCCGCGCCUUCCGGCUCGAGCCGCUCCGCUCACUCUACCCCGCGGCCACUUCCCCAGAACUUGCCAAAGAGGAAAUCACAACGGCCAGAGCCCGCCUUUGACAGAUACUCGAUGCCAUCGCCUUUAACAGCCCUGCGCCCUUUUUGCCACACACAAUGGAUCAAGAAUCGACAAGUUUCCCUGCCUUCAACCCGCCGGCGCCGCCAACCGGCGGAUACGAUGAUGCGCGCCGGCCAGAAGGCCAGGGGGAGCAAGAUGGCGGCCUCCGGACUCCCAACACCCUGGCUCCCCCGGCCGUGUCGUCGCUGCGGUUCAACAGCGAUGGGGUCAUGCAGCGAUCUCUGAGCGAGGACAUUCGCGAGGAGCGGGAGGAGCUGCGUGAGGCCGCGGAACAGACCCUCAAUGUCAUUAUGGAUCUCAACCUUGACGGCACCAUCCGAUGGGUGAGCCCGUCUUGGGUCGAUGUCAUCGGCACGCCACCCGACACCGUUCCGGGAACCUCGGUCAGCGAUCUUAUCGUCAGCGAAAACAAGACCAUCUUCACCGACAUCGUGGAGUCCAUGAAGAAAGACGACUCACGCAGCCAGUUCCUGCGCUUUGCCAUGAAGCCUGGUCCGCUUUCAGUCCUGCUGACUGUGGAAGCGGUGACUGGCCAUGAUCAAGGGCUCGAGCCGUCGAUCGAGCUUGAGGCUCAGGGGAUAAUGGUUUUCGAUGCUACCUCUGGCGGGGAGAGUCAUAUGAUGUGGAUGAUACGGCCUUGGAUCGGUCCUCGAGAGAUCAAGAUCGACCUUCCCGAUGUGAUUGUCGAGUCGCUGGGUUCUGGUGCGGAGAUCCUGGCCAGCUACCUCACGCAGCUUGCCGAAUCUGGAAUGGAAGACCCAGCGAACCAGCCCCCUCCUCUGCCUGUUCUCUGUCGCAUUUGCGAGCGACAGAUACCCCCGUGGUGGUUCGAGAAACACACAGAUCUAUGCUUGCAGGAGCAUCGUGCCGAAUUAGAUGUCCAGAUGGCCCAAGAGAGCCUCACAGAACACCGCCACUCCAUCGUCAGGGUGCUCGAUGCCCUCGAGGUCCGGAAAUCCCGGUCCACGACCGGUGACCAGUCGCCGUUGCCUCUUACCGAGUACAAGGGCCUGCCCAUCGGACCCCCUCCUUCGACCUCGUCUUCCUCGGGCGCGUCCUCCCCCGUACCUGGGUCCAAUAGAUCCCGUGACCGUUCUGGUGGCUUUGGCCAUGCACGAGCGCGCUCAUUUGCGGUACGCAGGCCCCAGGCGCGGAUCGUGGAGCUGAUUCUGGACCUUUGCGACACUGCUUUGGAAAUCAGUACUCCUGCCAUCAAGGAAGCUUCCUCCCAGAACCCUGGUGAGUUCCGGACACAAUCACCUCAGUCCGAGUCCCGCAUCUCUCAGGUCAUACAGUGGCAGUCCCCGAGCAACAACACGAUGGAGCAGGAGCAAGGAAUUGCACUUCUCUGUUCCGACACCGAGACCGUCGUCAAAGCAAAGGUCGAAGCCGUCCUUCGGCACAGGCGAAUUAUUGAGUACGCCGAGCGGAUUCGUGUCGAGUUCACCGUCACGGUGGAGGCAUGCGUCGAGGAGGCCAUGCGGAAGGCUGCCAAAAUCGCCGCUGGCCGCCUUAGCGACUCCACUGAAGAUGAAGAAGAGGAGGAGGUGGUGGAGGUGGAGGAGGAGCAAGAGGUGGAGCAGGAGGAUGAGGAGGUACUCCGGCCUGCGGAAGAUGCCGCAUUCCCAGAGUCCUUCGAUACGCCCUCAUCAUUGGCAAUGGCGCUUCGAAAUGCGAAUAUCAGCGACGACCCUGAUGGACGGCGCCUGUCUAACGCCAUCACAUCGACUCGAUCAAGCAGCCCAAGGGAGUGCCCGACCCCACGGUCUCAUCGUGGUAACCUCAGUGUGUCCGGCCAGACGCGGGAGUCGCGGCGGGGGUCUAUGCUCUUCGAGAGCGAUGCCGGAGACAGCGACGGCAGCAUACGCUCAUCGUCUGUCACAUCGCGACAUCCUCCUCGAACCGACUCGCCAAUCUCCGAGUUUGGUGACCUGCGCAGGCAAGCAAGCUCACGCCAGCACCAGCGUCGGAGUCUGAUACUUCCAGGCGCAUCGUCUCCUCGUCGACAGGAGUCACCCUCCCGCUCGACGCAGCCAUCGUCUCCGCUGCGCAUUCACAAGCCCCGUGGCCCGCCAUUCCCGUCCGAUGCUCUCAUGUCGCCCGAGUCAUCUCCGAUGCUGCCUCGGAGCGAGUUCACCUCGCCUGCAGUUCCCAUGCAUCAUCACCGACGACAGUCUUCAGCCGCAAUGUCGCUAGACGCGGCAGGGUUUGGUAGUUUAAGCGGUGGAAGUAAACCACCCCCAUCGCCCCGCCUGCACGGGGCAAACGCACCGCCACUCGCCCGUGCCGUACCACCAUCCAUCAAGGAUUUCGAGGUCAUCAAGCCCAUCAGCAAGGGUGCCUUCGGAAGCGUUUAUCUCUCCAAAAAGAAGUCUACGGGCGAGUACUUUGCCAUCAAGGUCCUGAAAAAGGCAGACAUGGUUGCCAAAAACCAGGUCACCAACGUCAAGGCAGAACGCGCCAUCAUGAUGUGGCAAGGAGAGAGUGAUUUCGUCGCCAAGCUCUAUUGGACUUUCUCGAGCAAGGACUACCUCUACCUCGUAAUGGAGUACCUCAACGGUGGCGACUGCGCCUCUCUGAUCAAGAUUCUUGGAGGGCUUCCGGAGGACUGGGUCAAAAAGUACCUCGGGGAGGUUAUUCUCGGCGUUGAACACCUGCACAGCCGGGGUAUUGUUCACAGAGAUCUGAAGCCAGAUAACCUACUGAUCGACCAAAAGGGUCAUCUAAAACUAACCGAUUUUGGUCUUUCCCGCAUGGGUCUUAUUGGUCGUCAGAAGCGUGCUUUGAACAGUGGCUCGACCGACCCGGCCCCCGACCUUCUCAAGCAGGGGCCAUUUGCUCGUUCGGCCUCAAUCACCUCCUCGCGUUCGACCUCGCUCGACCUCCAUGCGCCAACCCACUCUCCUGGGAGCACUCCGCAGAUCAAUCCUAACGAGCCAGUUCUGGGACCGCCGUCCUACUUUUCUCUUGGGUCCUCGGCAGCUGCGCACGAGUCUCGUCGCACGUCUGGCCGCCGGAGCGAUAGCGGCGGUAGCGAUGCGCUUACGCACAUGCUAGGAAACUUCUCACUCAACGACACGCACGCCUCGGUGCCCCCGCAGGCAGUCCAGUCCCCCCGGACUGAAGGCAGUGAGGGCGAGGCACAUGGCUCGCCUGACUUUGCCUCCCUCCACCACACAACCACGCACGGAAGCACCGGAACGGACCCUGGAAAGGGCACGCCGCCGAUGUCGAGCAUGCCACCACCAAACUGGACUCUUUUUGAUCCUGAAGACAAGAACCGCCGGUUUGUUGGGACGCCAGACUACCUUGCUCCCGAGACCAUCAAAGGCGAGCCGCAAGACGAGACGAGCGAUUGGUGGUCUGUUGGCUGCAUCAUGUUCGAGUUCCUCUAUGGCAUGCCUCCGUUCCACGCACCUGAGCCCGAGCUCGUGUUUGAGAACAUUCUGGCGCGCAGGAUCCAAUGGCCUGAUGAGAUAGAGGAUGAGGUUUCGGGCGACGCUAAAGACAUACUCAACAAGCUGCUCUGCAUGGAUCCCCGCGAGCGGCUUGGCUCCAACCGGGAUGAGAAGUUCGUGUCGGGCGGGGAAGAGAUUCGCAACCACGCGUGGUUCCAGGGAAUGGGCUGGGAUACUCUCUUGCAAGACGAGGCUCAGUUCGUGCCCCAGCCCGAGAACCCCGAAGAUACCGAGUACUUCGACUCUCGAGGGGCCACCCUGCAAUCGUUCGCCGAGGAGAUGGAAGACCAAGCGUCGCCGCCGUCAGUGCCAGCUACUGAGUACCCUGACCGGCCGCACGACGCGUUGUCACGCGUGCGCUCGCAGUUCAACUCGAUCAAGCGCGGGCUGAUGCCUCUCCACAUUCCUCCGCAUGUCCGAGACCACAAGAGCCGCCGCCUCAGCGAGCCUGUCGCCACCGACGACUUUGGGAGCUUUACGUUCAAGAACCUGCCCGUUCUCGACAAGGCUAACAAGGAUGUCAUCCAAAAACUUCGGGCCGAAGCCCUCGCUGCGCACAAGCCAACAGCCAUCAGCCCGGGUGGCAUGAACAGUGUCACAUCUCCGGGCGGCCUCGAGGCGGCGCUGUCGAUCCCAGUGCACAGGACAAUGUCAAAUGCCAAGGCCUCGCAGCGGCCGCAGUCGCCUUCUGGAUUGAGCCAUGCCAACUCGUCUCCAAGUCGAGCCUCGCAGCCGUCGUCUCCCUUGCUGGUUUCGUUCGUUGCCGGCCAGGGCUCCGAAGGCCGACGCAAGGCGUCUAGCAACUCAUCCAGUCUAUCCCAGCCGGCUUCUAGUAACCUGCAGCCGGGAAGCUUCUUUGACGUUCCCCGCGUGCCGCCAAGCCUGCAAAAAGCGGCCACGACGGUAGCUGCCGUGUCCCCUGUCAAGGGCCGGGCGCCUCCAUCACCCCUUCCUCUCUCGCCGGCGAAGGUCGUGACGACCCCCGGCCGCCAAGGCGGUGGCUCUUCGGUUAGCCGCUCCAGAUCUCUGACUGUGGGCUCGCAGGAGGGCAGUCCGGUCGCAUCGGACAUGCUAGCGCAUCAUCGCAAUCGCCGUAGCCAGGUAUUCGAUAUGUCGCCAUCCUCGUCCGACAACGAAGGGGAGAAGGUAAAUGCGCUCCUCCGCGUACAGAGGCGGCGCCAGAGCUCCAGACGCUUGUCACAGAUCACGCUGGAUGGGCCAGUUUCCCGGCCGCUCGACGUGCUCAUUUGCGAGGACCAUCCUGUUUCCCGCAUGAUCAUGGAGAAGUUGCUCGAGAAGCUCCGUUGCCGGACAAUCUCGGCAACAAACGGCUCGGAAGCCGUCCGGUAUUCGAUGAGCGAUAUCAAGUUCGAUAUCAUCUUUAUGGAGUUCAGGAUGCCUCAGAUUAGUGGUGCCGACGUUGCCCGGAUGAUUCGCGAGACCAAGAACGCAAACUCGCACACGCCCAUUGUGGCCAUCACGGCCUACCUCAAGGAGCUGCAGGCGCCUCACUACUUUGACUCUCUCAUCGACAAGCCCAUCAGCUCGUCUAAACUGACCGAGGUUCUCGGCAACCUGUGCCAGUGGAAGCCACCGGCGGGCAACCAGCCUCAUUCGCUCUCCCUCCCACUUGCGCAUCCUACACCGUCGGGCUUGAGGCAGGAGAGUCUUCGCUUGGAGGACAGCCCGACCUCGGGCUCGUCCAUCUAUGCUCAUCGGACAGGAAGCAGCUUCCGAGGCUCGAGCCGUGAGGAUUCAAUCAGCUCCAGUCUGUUCGGCGAUUCCGAGUCGGUCACGACGGAUGACAUAGCCGUCGGUAUGAGUCGAAAAACGACGGGAGAUUGGGAGGACACGGGACUGGGAAUCACCCAGCAAGAGCAGCCUCCGCUCAGCUCUCCUGAGCCCACAAACCCUCCUAUACAGCUGGUGGUACAAGAAACCUCCCCGGUGAAGCCGGCGAAGACGGACCAGGCGCGGGCGAAUGCCGGCACCAUUGGGCCGGUCAAGCAACUGUCGCUAGAGAAACUGAGGGCGAAACGGGAUGCCUGCGAAAAACGACGCAGCGAGGGAUCAGUCGACUCGGCGGACGACGAGGACGACGAACUGGGGCUUGGCCGCUUACCCGUGCCUAACAAUGGGAACGGAUCGCAGUCCGGAGGCGGCCAGGGCCGGCAGCAUUUCCGGAGCAAGUCCAUCUUGCCAUCUUCCAAACUUGGAAUUGAAAUGAUGCGGGCCAACAGCCACGAUAGCGUUGUGCACGCCGGCACACCCGAGAAGUCGGCCAAGAGAAGCGACGGUCUCCCCGAUACCCAUAUGGAGCAAGACUACGACGAAGAGGGCGACACGACGGUGAUACAUACGCCCCCAGACCAGUGUGGCGGUUCUUCGGAAGACAACGCGACUGUGGUUGGGUAUGACGAGACUCCUCGGCCAACGACCCAGCAGGGCUCUGGCACUAUCAGCAACGAGCCAACACCGCGGCCGCCCGUCAAGGCGCCACCGAGGAGAGAGGAACCAACAACUUUCUUUUGAACCAGCACCGAUUGAUUCCGGUCCGUUCUGUAUCCAAUGCAGGCAACAAGAAACGAUCGCGGAACCAGGGAACUGAGAACGCAUGCAAAAAAAAAAAAAAAGUGAAAAAGGGGCAACACAAAAAGCCGAAGGGGUGCAGAGACAACGAAGGGGAAAAUAAAAACCAAGGAAAAAGAAAAAAAGAGGUGACAUAAUGGCCGCUUCUGCUAGCCGCGCACCACAGACCACCCGGAGCCUUCGACGUUACCCAUGUUAAUUGUCUUUGUCAUUUAUCCGCUCUUUCCCCAACACAAAAAUCUUGACCUUUACCAAGCGAGGCGUUGACGGGAUGACAGAUAUCGAGACUGCAUCUAUUGUCUUCCAUACUGUGUUUUUUCUUUCUCUUUAACUGAUCUCCUUUCUCUACUCAAAUGUCAAGCGUUCUUGGCCCUGGCCGCCAAUGGCACAUGUCUUGAGUUGGCGUUUAGGUGCAUUUCGUAUGAAGCAGGUCGGUCAGUUGACUCGGUUGUCUUUUCAGUGUGUUCUCUAGCUGGCGCUGCUUUAGCUCCAUCUCUCAUUUGUCCCGCAAGACGCAGGCAUGACUUGAUUGACGGGGCUUCUGGUUGUCUUUCCUUUUUGUCCAAGGAUUAAUAGCGGUCCAUCUCCUUCUUUGUCCCUCGUUCGACGCUUGUCUGAUUAUUCCCGUGCGUGAUCAGUAUUUUCUUUCUUGUGUCGGUUGUCUUCUUCAGUUCGUUUUUGAUGCCUGCUCUGGAACCAAGUAUCUGCCUCUGCCGAUUAUGCCUGUCAAAUUUAUGCACCUCUCCUACUCUGUUUAUAUCAAAUCCACCCGGCAGGACUUCCAGCACCUAGGUAGGUGUAGGUGCUGAAAAGUGCCAGCCGGAUAUCCCACGCAAAGCGGCGUCGAUAGUAUGCAAAACUCUCCUCGUGUCCUCUGUCUUGUUAUUUUCUAUGUCUUUUUUGCCCUCUGCUUCCCUCGAAUUGCGAACAAGGGAUCACGUUUCACCCCGGGCAAGUUGUAUUGUGUGGGCUGACAAGUCAAGGGAAGCAGUUGGUGAUCGAGGGUCGACGUUCAACGAGACUCGAUUGCUGUUUGCCCAGGACCACAACUUGGUGGAGCGAAUGGAGUGAACAAAAGAGCGCAAAAAAAUAAGGGGAAAACUGUUUAAGGAAAUAUCUUGGGUGCGAUAUAUGUGAAUAGUAGUAGGUAUCUGCUAGGCAACAUGAUUUCAGUGUUCCAUUGCCCUGGGUGGAUUGUUCCUGUGGUGGGCCAGAACGUG